AUGUACCAGUGUGACAAAGUCCAGAACGGAGCCUUCAAUAGCUUUGCAGACAAUAUAUGGAGCUUGAUCAGCAAGACUCAUGAUCUUCAGUAUUACGGCAUCACAUCGUAUUUGGAGAGCAUGGGUACCACACAUGUGUCUGUGCUGACCGAAGAUGGAUCCGCUGUGUCUGUCACGAGCAGCAUCAACCACAUAUUUGGGUCCAAUGUCCUCUCUUCAAGCACUGGAAUCAUCCUCAACAACCACCUAAAUGACUUCUGUGGUCGAGCUGAUAACAUCUUUCAUGGGGAGCGGCCUCCCUCCAAUAUGGCCCCUUCUGUGCUGAAGUCUCCGUCGAAGACGCUGGUGAUUGGAGGGUCUGGUUCUGAAAUGAUUCCACCGGCUGUGGCCUCGGCGCUCAUGAACCGCCUUUGGUUUGGAAAGAGUCUUAAGGAGGCAAUUGAUACUCUGGUUGUUCUUGUAGACUCUAAAAGUGAAGUAAAACUUGAAUCCAAGCUUGAAAAGGAUGUAGUUGAUGGUCUUGAAGCUCUGGGACACAAAGUAGCAAAAUUCUACAACACAGUUAACGCUGUGGAAAAGGCGGGCAGCUGUAUCUCUGCAUGGUCUGAUGAAAGGAAAAAAGGCAAAGCUGCAGGUUACUGAGACCAAGAAUCAGUGAUGUCAGUUAUAGAGUAUGGUCUUAAGGUUAUGAUAGCAGAGCUGUUUGUUUUAAUUUUUUCGAAAUCUCUCAGUCAGAACAUGGUGUAUUAUGUUUAAGUGGAAGCUAGCGAGCUAACUUCCUGCUAACUUCUAACUCUGUUAAAUUCCAUAAAUUCUGUUUUCAUGGAUGCCUGGAUGUUAAACUUAAAUGUUACACCUGGUAGAGCAGAACGCUGAUCAUUUUAUUAAAGAUGAAAGAAUUUAGACAGUUUGUAACUCUGUGAUGCCACAGUGUUCCUUUGACUGUGGGACCCAGAAACUGUUAAUGACGUCAAACUUAAAGACCUGAUAACUAUUUCAAACUAUUUACAGAACACCAAUAGGAAAGGAUGGUUUUGUUUUUUUUUUUAAGUUUUGCUGACAAGCAGAGGUGAAGUUUUUACUGUUUCUUCCCUCAGUAAACAUAAACAACAAUAGUAUUCAGGAAAAAACAUUAAAUAUAUAUAUAUUUUUAUCAUGACUCUAGUUUUACGUGGCCUAUCAACACACUUUUAACACAAAAGUGAAAACUCAAGGUUGUAUUGGGUUGUUGCUAUGUCAUCUUAAAUUGGUCAUGUGAUUGGUUUAUCAUGGCUAUUUUUCCUCAGCAAAUCAGCAGCACUUGUGCAAUUGUUUUGCCCUGAGGACCGCUUUGACUGUCUGAGUGUUGAAAAAUAGUAACGCGUCCGCACCGCAUUUUCUUGUUAGUAAGGGUAACUGCGUUGUAAAGACUGAAUAGUAAUUAGAUUACUAGUUACUGAUAAAAGUACCUUUAACGCUGUUAUUCACGUCACUGCUCAUGUGUCUAAAAAAAGUUUGUAAUAUUGAAAACAUAAUGUGAUGAUCAGAUUAUUUAAAUCCCAAAUUUAAUGCAAAAUAGUGCAAAGACAGCAUUGUAAACGAGAAUGUUUUUGAAAAAUGUUAUGGAUUUAUAUAUCUGCCUCAAUUUUAUAUGAUCAAUAUGACCUUUUAAAUAUUUGUUCAUCAUAAAUCAUAGAAUAUAAAAAAACAAGGACACAGCUUUCAGGUUGAAAUGUGAAGCCUAUGACGAUGUUUCUUCAACCUGCAUCCGGCCAGCAGGAAGAGACUGACUGCAGAAAUCUUUGGUUAUAUAAAAGAUUGUUGGAAAAUGAGCUACAGACUUCAUGUUCCAUUCCACCAGUGAACAAUUCAUAUUUUCAAGUCUCAUCAAAUUUAUGUUUACUUUGUAAAUUUUAGCCCGCUGGAUUGUCCAGAAGUGAGAGAAAGUAAGGUCCACUUUAUGGCAGCCCUAAGUUAUCUAUCAAUUGAUUUGUAGUUUAGUUACUGUUACAGGCAUGUCAGUAUCAACAAAGCUAGAUCUCACACACUGUUAGAGCCAAAUAGAAAGGUCAGUUUUUUUAUCUGAAUAUUCUAAGCCACAUUUAAAUGCUUUUCAAUAUUAGUUUUUUUUUUUUCCUUCAGUUUGCAUAUUAAGAUUUUUUUGCUCAGUUCAUCCGGUUAUUGUUUUGCUGUUAUAAAGUGUGGGUAAUUCUGCUGAUGUGCUCAGGGUAAAAGUUAGUCAGAAAAGGAGUUUGAAAAGCAACAGUUUUCUUUUUAUAGCUGUUUAAUGUGUUUUAUUGACAGGAAUAGAUAACUCGGACGUGAACUGAAAAUGUUUUAUUUUCAAACUGACAGUUUUGUGUACAAUAAAUUCCUUUCUUCAGUGUU